AUGUCUGCCUGGAGAAAAGCUGGGAUCACCUAUAACGCAUACAUUGCUAUUGCUGCCAAGACUGUUAGAAACGCCUUAAAACCAGAAUUGCAAACUGCUGCUGUCAUUGAUAGAAGUUUCACCGAAGCACGUUUUACUAAAUAUACAAAAGGUAGCCCUGAUGCUGAUCCAGCUCUAUUGAAAGAACUACCUAAUUAA